AUGCUGGACGAAGCGAGCGUUGGACUUCCCGGCGGCUUUCCGGCGCACCCACAUCGUGGAUUUGAGACCGUGUCCUACAUGCUCCCCACGUCUAAGGGCAACUUUCAACACGAAGAUUUUUUGGGCAAUGAAGGCGAACUGCGACCUGGUGAUCUGCAGUGGAUGACGGUUGGACGAGGGAUUAUGCACUCGGAAAUACCAAAGAGUCACGACCCGGCGCACGGUCUCCAGCUAUGGGUCAACCUUCCUAAGCUCCGUAAAAUGAUCCAGCCCGCUACCAAGACGUCCCGCCGCGGUCCCAUUGAAACGGAGGCACCUGUUACGUACGUACACUUUAUGUUGGACGCAGGAGCCAAGCUCGAGUACCCGAUUCCGUCAACGCACAACGCGCUUGUAUACGCUAUCAGUGGUAGGGGCCAAUGUGUUGGAGCUUCCAUCCAGCCACACGAGGCGAUCGUAAUGGAGAAGGACGGAGAUGGUGUGGUACUGACGGCAGCCGAGAAGGACACGCUGGAGGUGAUCGUGAUGACUGGCGAACCUCUCAAUGAACCUGUCGUUCAGCAUGGUCCGUUCGUGAUGAACUCAAUCGAGGGAUUAAAACAAACUUUUGAGGAUUUCCAACAAGCAAAGAAUGGAUUCGAAAACGCGCGUUCGUGGGAGCCUAAAACCCAACGACGUCGCUAG